UGUAUCUAACCCAUAUGUAGCCUACACAAACAAAUGAGCGUCACGUCAUUGACCCAGUAACAGAACCUAAUAGCCUACAAGCAGGUUCUUUGAUUUGAUGUUAGUAAUUACCUUUUAAAUGUAUAAUGCAGAAAUCUCAUUUGAAAACGUGUAUGUGUUGCCAUAUGUAAAGUACACUUUGUAAAGAAAUAAUGUUUAAUACAUUGAAUUAAAUUCCGACUCUUAUUUUGACAAUAUUCUGAAUGACGGCCAUAUUGGAAUUUUCAUACAGUCCCAGGAUCCACGCAGCUCUGAUUACAGGCUGUUUCGGAUCUUGGCAUCUUUGGUCCGUUAGGAACAUGGAUCUCGCACCACCGUUGAGCUCUGGCUGUAACGUGACGGAAGCACUCUGGGGCGAUCUGGGACUGCUGGUGAAAGAAGAAGACAUGAAAGAGGAGGAAUAUGGUCAUAUGGUUGCAUGUCCAGAUGUAGAAGAAGAAAAGCCCUUUGCAGAGCUUCACUGUAAAACUGAAACAGACGUCACAGACUCUAACUAUGAAUCACUACAGACAACAGUGAAGAUUGAAGUGAAGAUAGAAGAGGAUGAGCACGAUUAUCUGCUGAAAAAGCCUAUGUGUCGCCGUCACAGUAGUGUUGCAAACGGCCGAGACCUGGGAGAGGCGCCCGGGCCAAGCGGAGCAAGUAGCACGCGGUGCUCCGCAGACAGCUCCGACUCCGAUAACGAAUUCAGCGAACCUGACCCGGAUUCUUCAGAUGAGUGGUUGCCGUCUGGAUCAGCUGAGUACAGCAGAGCCUCAUCCCCAUACGUGGCUCCAGAAACACACGAGGGAGGUCGUGCAUCAAGCGGGGAUGACUGGCAUCAAGCCGGCUGGCAACCAAACAAUUUCCCCUUCACCGCCACCCCUGGACCCCGCAAGGCUGCUGCGGAGCUGGAUAGCGACCUGCCAGCUGACUUCCUGGAGCUCUUCCUGACUGACGAGCUGCUCAGGCACAUUGUGGAUCAGACCAACCUGUAUGCAAGUCAGUAUUUUGAAGCACGACGCCCUGGCAAUCUCCCGUAUAGCCGAGUUAACGCAUGGAAACCAGUGUCAGUCCCAGAACUGAAAACUUUCUUUGGACUCAGUUUUCUCACCGGUUAUAUCAAAAAGCCAAGCCUUGAACUGUACUGGAGUGUGGAUGAGGUAGAUGCCACACCCCAUUUCAGCAAGACCAUGUCAAGGAACAGAUUUCAGAUUAUAUGGAGUUUCCUUCAUUACAACAAUAACGCAUUACAGGAUGAGACUGACAAAAUGUACAAAGUCCGCCCAGUGUUAGAUUACAUUGUGGAAAAGUUCAAGGAGAUGUAUCAAUCAGGGCAAAACAUUUGCAUUGAUGAGGGUAUGAUGCAGUGGCGGGGGCGCCUAUCUUUCAAGGUGUACAACCCUCAAAAGGUGAAAUAUGGAAUCAAGUCCUACAUACUGUGUGACUCUGCCACAGGGUACUGCUUCAAUAUGCGUCCUUACAUCGGGGAAGAUAGCACUGUGUCAGAGAUCGUGUUCUCUCUCCUUGAUCGUCUCCCAGGUCAUGGUUAUACAUUGUUUAUGGAUCAUUUCUACAAUUCUGUAGCACUGUGUGAACGUUUGCUGGGAGCGCAAACCAACGUCUGUGGAACACUGAGGAAAGACAGAGGGGAGCCUCAGCUCAUCGGCGAGCUGACAAAGACUGACUUGCGGAUGAGGGAAAAAGUUGUGCGGCACAACGAGAGGGUGAUGGUGGUGGCGUGGCAGGAUAAACGGUUGGUGAAGAUGGUGACUACGUGCCACCAAGACAGGAUGCAGAAGGUCAACGUGUGGCAGAGGGGACGCAAAGUUUCUCAGUACAAACCAGAGUGUAUCGUUGCGUAUAACUCCUCCAUGAACGGGGUGGACAAGCUGGACCAAAAUAUCGCAUACUAUCCCUUCGUCCGACGGUCGCUGAACUGGGCCAAUAAGUUCGUAGCCUAUCUCUUCCAACUGUGCAUGUUUAACGCCUACGUCCUCUACCAAGCCAGAAACCCAGGGGAGUGUAAAACCCUUUUGGAGUUCAUUCGGAGGGUCGUGAAGUCGGAGGAAGGACGACGUACUCCGAGAGCGCCGUACAACACUGACCCGGACAGCAGGCUAGACGGAGAGCUAAGCAGACACAAACUCGAGCGCCUGAUGCCCACCAGCAAGAAGGGGAGGCCGUCGAGGAGGUGCAGGGUCUGUGCACGCAAGGGCCGCCGCAGCGAGACCAAGAUGUGCUGCAAGUCCUGUGGUGUCCCCUUGCACGCAGGAGAGUGUUUCACAGCUUACCACACUAAGCUGAACUAUUCUGUGUAGUGGUGGUAACACACACACACACACACAUAUACAUACACACACACACACAUAUACACACACACCACACAUAUACACACACAUACACACACACACACACACACAAAUAUA